CGCGUGGUUUCCUCUUGGCGCAAGAAAGCGUGGGAGGACCGUCGACGGUCCUACGGUUUGUGUACUUCUCCCUCGCUCUACUCCACAUUCUUCCGGAUCGAGAGAGAACGGAAACCGCCUUCCCGAAUCCCGACCACAGAGAUCGAAUGAGAGAGAGGGCGAGAGGCCUUCUUCCUGAGAUGUAUCACCCGAGCCUCUACCUUUACUUGUCGAGGGUAAACAUAUUCACUGACUUCCCUAUCAUAAGUUUUUCUGGCUAUACACCAAUGCAAAGUCGUACAUUAUUGUAAAUUAGUAGGCAGCCUUUGUGAAGAGAAAUACAUCAGAAUGAAUUAGUUGGUGGUUUACAGUUAUUUUUGUGAGUAAAAUGGAACAGAAGAAUGUAAAGGUGUUGGAUAAAGGCGAAAAGUGUGAUCUCAAAAGGAAGAGAGAUUCUGCUGUAUAUGUGACAAAUGAUAGCCAUGGUCUGGUAGCACAUCCACAUACUGCAGUCCAAUCUUCUUUAAAGGUCUACACAGGAAUGAGCUGUAAAACUGGCCUAAUCUGCUAUCCAGGGAACCAUAUUGUCAAGAAUUAUCGCAACUUCAUAAAAAGUGGGUUGCCACACCGUGUGCUGUUUUAUGAGAAUGAUCAAUGGGAAGAUUUUCCGGAAAAUAUUGUCCAUUUGGUUCAGGAUGAUUUUCGGUCAAAGAAAGGAAUUACUGAAGCAGGUUAUCAGAAUCAACAUUUUUUGUUGGACUUCAUUCACAUGGUUUGUGUGAUUUUGCAAACAGGUUUGGUUAAGCCAGUAGCUUGGAUUGAUGACCAUGGCAAAUCCUUCUUUCCAGAAUUACACUCCCACCAGUAUGCAUUAAAUAGAUGCUAUCAUUCCAACAAAGAAAUACGGGCUUACAUGAGUCCUGAACCAAAUGGUACACAUGAAGUCACUGCACAAUUUAAGAUUUCCAAUAGUGCAGCUAAAAGUUCAAGUUCUGGAGCUGACAAUGGGUUUAUACCUAAUCUCAAGAGGGUUAAGAGUGAAGAAAAUUCUACCAGUGACCAAAAUACUUAUGCUGAAGUCAACGAAGUAGUUGGAGAAAAUGACCCAGGUUCUGUUUUUCCUCUAAAUAUUCCUGCCUUCGGAGCUUGUCAAGCACCUGCUGGUGGUCACCAUGUUAAUAGAGCUGUGCAGAAUAUGUUACUUCAAGGUCUGGGCAAGUUCAUUGAUCCAAAAAAUAUAGUUGGAAUUCAUAGGACUCCUUUGAGAAAUGAUGUAGGACUAGUUCGGUAUAACAUUUUCCAAGAGUGGGUUGAAACCACUAAAAAGGCACGUGGCAAUGCAAAUGUCCGCUAUGCAUGGCUUGCUUCAACCAAGGAUGCUGUGGAAGAGAUGAUGAUGCAUGGGGUUCUGAAACCACCUUUUCAUGAACGUCUUUAUGGCAAUGGCAUUCAUCUCACACCCACAAAUUGCUCCAAUAUCUGUGCUAGGUAUUGUGAUGUCGAUGAAAAUGGUAUCAUAUACCUGAUGUUGUGCCGCAUUAUAAUGGGAAAUGUGGAACUCAUUCACCCUGGAUCAAAUCAGUGUCAGCCUAGUAAUGAAAACUUUGACACUGGUGUAGAUGAUCUUCAUAAGCCAAAGCAUUAUAUUAUUUGGGAUGUGAAUUUGUAUACCUAUAUCUAUGCAGAAUUCACAGUGACUUUUCAAGCAACCUCCAAAGUUGAAGAAUGUUUGCUUGGGAAAGAAAGUACAUGCAAUGUAUCUGCCCUCACAAAUUCUAAUUCACCUCACAGCUUAUUACAGGAUAAGACUUUUCAGCCAAAUCUGGGCUGCACAAAUCAAUCUCAGGUUCCAGUGUCUAGAGCAGCACCAAGAAUUCCAACCUCACCAUGGAUGCCCUUCUCAAUGUUAUUUGCAGCAAUCUCAACUAAGGUGUCUACUGAAGACAUGGACUUGGUUCACACUCAUUAUAAUGACUUCAAGAAGAGAAAAAUAAACCGAAUUGACCUGAUUAAAAAGUUAAGGCAGAUCAUUGGGGACAAAUUGUUGGUUUCUACAAUAAUGAGGCUGCAACACAAGUUACCACCCAUGGCUAGACACGAGCCACCAGAACCCUCGUCUAGAAGCCUGCGAAACAACUCUUGACACGGUGGAAACAAUAUCUCUUUGGGAUUGGGGGAUUGUCUUAUCUUUUCUCUUGCCGAAGUCAUGCCUGAAGUAAGUUUGGUGGUUUUUGUGCUUUAAUAAUUGGAGCCUGAUCCAUGUAGAAAACCAGCAACUGCUGCGUGGUCAUCAUGUCUUUUGUUUCUUUUACACAAUAUGAUUUGCUCUUUGCCCAGUUUUGCUAGUGCAAUUGUAAAGUUGGGAGUCUUUUUGGCCUAUUAAAAUAUGAUUGUUACUUGAAAGCUCAGCUAGGGAGGGUUCUUCAGAAGUUGUAUUUAUUUUCCCAGUGAUCGAAAUUUUAAAAAAUGGAUUUUUAUUUUUAUUUUUAUUA